UGUAUUAAUCGAUGGACUAUUUGCAGCAAUCUCGUGUCGCGCAAGCGCACGCGUGAAGCUGACUACUGAGGAACGGCUGGCUUGCCGUCUCUUUCGAAGCGUGGACAUUCGGUGUUAAGAAUGGCUCCGAGAUAUGAAUUGGCCGUCGGCCUCAAUAAGGGCCACAAAACAACAAAAAUCCGCGUAGCUAAAAGCAAAGCCGAAAAGGAGAAGACUGUCUGCCUGCGACCAUCUAGGCUAAAAGGGAAGCAAACCAAGCAUAGCAAGUUUGUGAGGGACCUGAUCCGAGAAGUGACUGGACAUGCUCCUUACGAGAAGCGUGCUAUGGAGUUGCUGAAAGUGUCAAAGGACAAACGCGCCCUGAAAUUCUUGAAGAGAAGGUUGGGUACACACAUUCGAGCCAAGAGGAAGCGAGAAGAGCUUGGAAAUAUUCUGGUACAGAUGAGGAAAGCAGCUCAUCAUUAAUUAUAUCCAUUAAAAUUAUAAAAUUGCUAUACUUGAUUAAAUCAAUAUUUCGAUAUCGAUA